AUGAUGAUGCAAAUCUACGCAAGGACUCUUUCAGAAAAGACCAUAUCCCUUGACGUUGUAAGCUCCGACACCAUCAAUAAUGUCAAGGCAAAGAUCCAAGACAAAGAAGGGAUUCCACUCGACCAGCAAAGACUCAUCUUUUCCGGUAAACUGCUAGAGGACGGGCGUACCUUGGCGGAUUACAACAUUCAGAAGGACUCAACCCUCCACUUGACUCUCAGGUUAAGAGGUGGUAUGCAGAUCUUUGUUAAGACUCUUACAUGCAAGACCAUAAUUCUUGAGGUCGAAAGCUCCGACACAAUUGACAACGUCAAGGUCAAGAUUCAAGACAAAGAAGUAAUCCCUCCGGACCAGCAGAGGUUGAUUUUUGCCGGUAAACAGCUCGAGGAUGGCCGUAUUUUAGCGGAUUACAACAUCCAGAAGGAAUCAACCCUUCACCUUGUCCUUCGUUUACGCGGUGGAAUGCAAAUCUUUGUGAAAACUCUCACGGGUAAAACCAUUACCCUAGAAGUUGAGAGCUCAGACACAAUCGAUAACGUCAAGGCAAAGAUUCAAGACAAAGAAGGUAUUCCUCCGGACCAGCAGAGGUUGAUCUUUGCCGGUAAACAGCUCGAGGAUGGCCGUACUCUUGCGGAUUACAAUAUCCAGAAGGAAUCAACCCUUCACCUUGUCCUUUGUUUACGCGAUUACAACAUCCAGAAGAAAUCAACUUUGCAUCUGGUGCUUCGUAUGAGAGGUGGUAUGCAGUUAGUCGUCAAGACCCUUACCGGCAAAACCAUAACUUUGGAAGUUGAGAGCUCAGACACCAUUGACAAUGUGAAGACAAAGAUUCAAGACAAAGAAGGAAUCCCUCCGGACCAACAAAGGCUAAUCUUUGCCGGAAAACAACUUGAGGAUAGUCUAACGCUUGCGGAUUACAACAUCCAGAAAGAAUCAACCCUGCAUUUGGUGCUUCGUCUGAGAGGUGGUAUGCAGAUAUUUGUCAAGACACUUACCGGUAAAACUAUCACUCUUGAAGUCGAAAGCUCUGAUACGAUUGACAAUGUUAAAGCUAAGAUUCAAGACAAAGAAGGAAUCCCUCCGGACCAACAGAGACUCAUCUUCGCUGGCAAACAGCUCGAGGAUGGUCGCACUCUUGCGGAUUACAACAUCCAAAAGGAGUCAACUUUAAGGAAGGGAUCCCAACGGACCAGCAGAGACUCAUCUUCGCUAGCAAACAGCUUGAGGAUGGUCGGACAUUAG